AUGCGCUUCGUUCGUCUCAUCGGAUUCGUCGUCGUCGUUGUCGACGUCGCGUCGGCGUUGCCGCGCGACAAGCGACAAUCAUGCGAAUGCACGCCGGGUGAGCCGCCAAAAUGCGGUUGUCAGGUGAUGCCAGUUGCGGAGGCCGGCGCUGGUCAGAUGAUAUGCACUUGUUCGGCUCCAGUGCCUCCGAAAUGUACGUGUCGCGAGGGAGGUGUGCAACAGAUCAUCACUGCUCCGAAUUUUUCUUCGCUGAUGAAGCCGUACGUCUGCGUCGAAACCUGCCAGAACAAUUGUCUUGACUCGUGCAAUCGUUUGAAUCUGAAUUCCAAGUGCGGAGUGGUUUGCCUUGACGCUUGCCGAUUCACGUGCGCCAAACAGGAGACGGUCACGACAACGACAACAACGGCGCCGCCAACUCCGCCACCGUCAUCGUCGACGCCGAUGGUCCCGUUGCCGGCCAACAUCAAGGAAUAUCGAUUCGUGAUUCCCGCCGCCGCUGUUCAGACGACAACCACCACCGGCGUGUGUCCGGCCGAAUGUCAGCCGACGUGCAACUUCGUCUGCACCAAACUUCGUCCAACGCUUCGCGUCAUCGGAACCAUGUUCGACUCGAAGACCGAUGUGGCCACAUGUCGAUCGUCGUGUAGCAGCGCCUGUCUGGCGGUGUGCUCGUCAUCGGGAGUUCCGCUAACCGAAUGCCGAGUGAAUUGCGCGCCAGCUUGUGACGACACCUGCUCGAUCGUCCGGCCAAUCAUCAGCACAACGACCACCACCCAAGCGCCAGCGGCUCAGUGCAUCGCCACCUGUAUGCCGGCGUGCACACCGCAAUGCGUCUUCACUGUACAGCUUCAACUGGCGUUGGCGCAGAGCGAGAAGCAGCCCGCAUCACAGGCAGUCAUCCUUCCGAUUCCGCCCGUCUCGCCAUCCCUCUUUAUUCAGGAAUCGACGACGCCGACGACGACGACGACGACGACUACACCACCUUCAGUGGUCCUCAAUUUGGGAACGGUGUGCAAGAACGAGUGUACGGUUCAAUGUGAGCACCAAUGCGGAGCACAUUCCGCCCAAGGCGGACAACAAUGCAUGGCGGCGUGCCAAACGACGUGCUAUCCGGUGUGUCAGGCGAAAUUGCGGCGUCGAAUGAAGACGAAAGAGGAGUUCGCGACGAGGCGAUCAUAA